UGCAAAUCGGUUAAGUAAGCAUUGUUCAGUAUUGUUGUCACAUUCGCACCUUUUAAAAAGCAAUAUAGCUAUCUGAUGUCAAUGGUAUUUUUAAUGUUUUCUUCACAACUUAACCUGAAGCGUGCAUUGUUUAUUUUCUGUAAGAGAAUUAUAAUUUCAUUAAAAUUAUAUUUUUACACGUAUUUCAGCUUAUGCAAACAGUUAAGAGUUAAAAAUAUGGAGCAACUAUAUACACUAGAGAAUGAAAUCAAAGAAUUACGACAAAAACUGAAAGAAAAGGAGGAAGAAAUGAAUAAAAUACGUCGGGAGUUAUUUGGCGGCCAAGGGGACUUAAGAGCUUGGAUUCCAGGUCAGGGUAAGCUGAAUAGUUCAUCAGAGCCCACUGUGCAGUGUGGGACACUGCCCAAAUGGGCUAUUGAAAGGUACAGCAGACAGAUCCUACUAAAAGAUAUAGGCGUCCAAGGUCAGACUAGGAUCUGUCAAGCCAAGGUGCUGAUUGUAGGCGCUGGAGGUCUUGGAUGUCCAUCUGCCAUGUACCUAGCUGCCGCUGGUGUCGGUGAAAUCGGUAUAAUAGAUUAUGAUGUAGUGGAAAUAACAAAUAUCCAUCGACAGGUCUUGCAUUUUGAACAGGACGAAAAUGUUAGCAAAGCUGAAUCCGCUGCUUCAACGCUCAGAAGUAUAAACUCGCGUAUCAAAGUGACGCCUUAUAACUUGCAGCUGGACUCCAAGAACGCUAUGGAAAUCGCAUCGCAAUACGAUAUUAUAUUGGAUUGUACUGACAAUGUACCUACGCGGUAUAUGUUGAGCGAUCUAAGCUGUUUCACUAAGAAACCUCUAAUAUCGGGCAGUGCUCUCAAAAUGGAAGGACAAUUAACUAUAUACGGAUAUAGAAACGAAACUCAUAAGGAUGACAAGGGAGUCUCAUACAGGGGGCCUUGUUACCGCUGUGUGUUUCCCACACCCCCAUCCCCGGAUGUAGUUGGGUCUUGCUCAGCUCAUGGUGUCGCUGGACCUGUGCCAGGGGUCAUAGGUAUUCUGCAAGCUAUGGAGGCGUUGAAAAUAAUUCUGGACAUGCCACCAGAUAAGUUACUGGUUGAAAGGAUGUUAAUAUUCGACGCUGAAGAUAUGACCACUAGAACUGUUCGUCUUCGCAAACGUAAUCCUGCUUGUGCAACAUGCUCUGACCUUCCUACCGUGACACAACUAGUCGACUAUGAAGCUUACUGCUCAGCUCCUGCCAAUGAUAAGGAUUUAUCCCUGAAAAUUCUUCCUGAAGAAAAUAGAAUUACAGCGACUGAAGUUUCGGAAUUAAUGAAGAUGGAAAUGCCUUUAAUAGUCGACGUUAGGGCUGGACCUGAGUUUGAGAUGUGCCAUAUAUUCGGGACUAAGAAUUGGCCCAUAGAUAGUAUACGAGGGUCUAAUUUGGAUAAGCUCGUGGGACAGGUCGAAGAGAGUCAGACACCUGUAAUAUUCAUCUGUCGUCGUGGCAACGAUUCCCAAGUCGCUGCAAAAUUGGUCCUAGAUAAGCUCCCUGUGGUACACCAGUCAAAAGUGAAGGAUAUGGCCGGCGGACUCCAUGCUUGGGCUGAGAAAGUCGAUAAAAACUUCCCUGUUUACUAAACCAGGGUAGACUGAGCCGUGAGAUGUUUAAUUUUAAGUGAAAU